AUGCCGCGCAAUGUCGAGCAGAGGGUGUUUACUGAGACUGACUCGUGUUUUCGCAUUGGCCUGUUGCAGAUCUUCCCCGACCUGUACCACUUCCAGCAUAACUCCGUGGUGAAGCGUUCGGCCGAGCCCAGUCUGGAGCAUCACAACAACCUGCUGGGCGAGCGGGAGGUGAAGUGGGCCAAGCAGCAGGUGGUGUUGUCGCGGCCCAAGCGCGACCUGCUGCCGCUGUCGAUGCAGCUGAGGCCCGGCCGCAACUACCGCCAGACGGUGCUGCUCAACGACCCGCGCUGGCAGCAGAUGUGGUACCUGAACCGCGGCCACGGGCUCGACAUGAACGUGCAGGGCGCCUGGCUGGAGGGCAUCACGGGCCGCGGCGUCGUCGUCACCAUCCUGGACGACGGCCUGGAGACGGAGCACCCCGACCUCGUGCGCAACUACGACCCGCAGGCGAGCUACGACGUCAACAACCACGACGAGGACCCGACGCCGCGCUACGACCUCAUCGACACCAACCGGCACGGCACGCGCUGCGCUGGAGAGGUCGCCGCCGUCGCCAACAACUCCGAGUGCGCCGUCGGCGUCGCAUUCGGCGCCCGCGUCGGCGGCGUGCGCAUGCUGGACGGCGACGUGACGGACGCGGUGGAGGCGCGCUCGCUGUCGCUCAACCCGCAGCACAUCGACAUCUACAGCGCCUCCUGGGGGCCCGACGACGACGGCAAGACCGUAGACGGGCCCGGCGAGCUCGCGACCAGGGCCUUCAUCGAGGGAAUCACCAAGGGUCGCGGCGGAAAGGGCUCCAUCUUCGUGUGGGCGUCGGGCAACGGCGGGCGCGACCACGACAACUGCAACUGCGACGGCUACACCAACUCCAUCUGGACGCUGUCCAUCUCGAGCGCCACCGAGAACGGCGUCGUGCCUUGGUACUCGGAGGCCUGCAGUUCGACGCUCGCCACCACCUACAGCAGCGGCGCCUCCAGUGAGAAGCAGGUGGUGACCACGGACCUGCACCACCAGUGCACGAGUUCGCACACGGGCACGUCGGCGUCGGCGCCGCUCGCGGCCGGCAUCUGCGCGCUGGCGCUCGAGGCGAACCGCGACCUGACGUGGCGCGACAUGCAGCACAUCGUGGUGCGCACCGCGCGCCCCAGCAACCUGCACACCCCGGACUGGAGGCUCAACGGCGUCGGCCGCAACGUGAGCCAUUCGUUCGGCUACGGCCUGAUGGACGCCACAGCGAUGGUGCGGCUGGCGCGCUCCUGGAAGCCCGUCCCUGAACAGCACCGCUGCGAGGUCUCAGCGCCGCACACCGACAAACUGAUCCCCGCCAAGAGCCAAGUCACCCUGGAGCUGUAUGUGAAGGAAUGCGCCGGCGUCAACUACCUCGAGCACGUGCAGGCCAAGAUCAGCUUGGUGUCUUCGCGGCGGGGCGACCUCACGAUCCACCUGACGUCACCGGCCGGCACGAGGGCGACGCUGCUGGCGCGCCGGCCGCAGGACGUGUCGAGGGCCGGCUUCCAGGACUGGCCGUUCAUGUCGGUCCACACGUGGGGCGAGCAGCCCUUCGGCCGGUGGACGCUCGAGAUCCACAACGAGGGACGCUUCCUGGGCAGCGUCUCUGGCUGGGAGCUGGUGCUACACGGCACGGAACAGCCGGCACAGCCAGACGACGCCGCCACCGCCGCGCCGCCGCCGCCGACGGCCGCCCCCGGCACGGCCGCCCCCCGCACGCGGCCCCCGCCGUCGCUGCCCCUGGGGGCGGAUGCGGGCAAGCAGCAGCAGCAGCAGCAGCAACAGCAGCGCUGGCCCCCGUACCCCCGGCCGCCCGCGCACCACGACAACGAAGUGGCGCCGCCCCCUGCCGCGGCGCCCGCCUCCGCCCCCGACGCCGCCGCGCGGCCCCCUUCGGUCGGCGACGCCGCCUCCAGCUCCGCCUCCGCCUCGGGCUGCGUGUCGCUCGCCAAGAACGGCCACGGCUGCCUAGGUUUGUGCCUCGCAGUGGCCGCCGGCGCGUCGGCGCUGCUCCUGCAGACAAGGACGCUCGUCUGA